GAUCAACGUUAUGCCGAGUUCAGAAACCACGACAUUUCGUCCCAUGCUAGCCGCUCAGUUCUGGACCUCGCACUAGAGGAUCAUGUGGGCGAGCGAAAAGAUAAAACCGAAAAGAACAUCGAUCCCAGGUUCAAGAAAUGGCUCAUCAUCCAGCUCCGAUUGUUCUUUUUCGUCGGUCACGACUCUACAUCUCCAACUAUUUGCUACUGCUAUUACAUGCUGUCCAAAAAUGACGCUGCUCUCGAGAAAAUCCGUCAAGAGCAUGACAUAGGGCGCGGCACGGUGUUUGGUACUGAGCUCUCCCAAGUCUCCAGAGCCUUGGUCGAGCAGCCACAGCUUCUCAACCAACUUCCUUACACAAUUGCCGUUAUCAAAGAGACUCUACGACUUUUCCCGCCAGCCUCUGGCUUUCGUGCCGGGAAUCCAGGCGUUUAUCUCGAGGGUGACAGUGGGAAGAGGUAUCCAACGGCAGACACCAGAGUGUGGGUGUUGCACAGCGGUCUGCACCGUAAUCCAAAGUAUUGGAAGGCACCCAACACCUUCCUACCUGAGCGAUGGCUAGUCGGCCCAGAAGAUCCCCUGUAUCCGAUGAAGGGCGCGUGGAGAGCUUUCGAGCACGGUCCACGCAAUUGUCUGGGGCAGGCAAUGGCGAUGUUGGAUCUCAAAAUCACGCUUGUGAUGACGGUAAGAUUAUUUGACUUUAGAGAUGCUUAUAAAGAAUGGGACAAGUUGCAUCCGACAACGAGAGUCAACAAAUUUCGUGGCGAGCGCGCUUACCAGGUUGGCAGCGGAGGAGCCCAUCCGGCAGAUGCAUUUCCCUGUUUCGUAUCAUUGCACAGAUGAUAUCGUGGAUUUAUCGAUUGAUCAAUUAGAUCAAUGACUUAUUAUUG